UACAUAGAGAACAGCACAACCUACUUCUGUUCAUUGCAAAACGCGAUCGCAUUUGGAUUACAAUUAUGACUCUGGAGGAGAUCCACGGACAAGAGAACGCAAUGGAAAACACAGAUAGGGUGCAAAGUGCAGGCACAUCCCUGGAAGAGCUGCUGGUCGCUGCAAAGAAGCAGGACUACCUUACAGUCGGAGUUUACGAGUCUGCCAAAGUUAUGAAUGUUGACCCAGACAGCGUGGCAUUCUGCGUCCUGGCCACCGAUGAGGAAUACGAGUGUGACAUCGCUCUUCAGAUCCACUUCACCCUCAUCCAGGCUUUCUGCUUCGACAACGACAUCAACGUGGUGCGCGUGAACGACAUCGGGCGCCUGGCUGAGAUAGUAGGCGCGGACGCAACCGGCGAGCCCAAGGACGCGCACUGCAUUCUCGUCACGAGCCCCAGUGCAGACCCAUGGAAGGACCCUGCUCUGGACAAGCUGAGUCUGUUCUGCGAAGAGAGCCGCAGUGUGUGCGACUGGGUGCCUGCCAUCACUCUGCCAGAGCGCUGAGGCAGUGGUUCAUGUGAUGACAAUGAAGGUGAUGAAAAGAAAGUAAAGGAGCAGAGCCUCAGUUGGGGGUUUCAAGCCUUGCUGCCUCCCUUGCCUGGAUUAGGAGGCUGUGGCUAUAACCUCUCCCCUGCUCCCGGUGCAUACUGGGUCAGCACGUUGAUUCUGGAUUACCCUGAGGUGGGGUUAAAGUUCAGAGGUCAAGGGUGGACUGGGUCGGGUGUUCAUGGAUUGAGACACUUUCAGGAAGGAAGGUCUGAUGGACACUGAUGAGGAGCUGAGUUGGAGUCUGCUGUGCAGCACACAGGGAAAGUUGAUGUGAGGUGAGCCAGUGUCUGCCCUGAACCAAAUGAAGGAGCUAAAAAUGGAGUGGCCAGAGAGAGAGAGAGAGAGACAGGGCAAGAAGUGGACUUAAGCGUGUACACUGGAUUGGAGUUCAUCAGAAUAGACAAAAGGAGACAUUGCACCUCAAGAUGGUACCUGAAGAUGAAUAAAUGGACUUUAUUUUUCUUUGAAAAAUUCCCAGUGCAGCUAAGAGGAAGGACUGGGAAGAAGCAGAGACAUUUGCUUGCAAUUCCUCAUUUGAGCUAUUUCUGUACCUGUGAGUGGACAUGAAAAUUAUUUUCAUGGACUAUGAUUUUACUUUAAGAUUUGCAGGGAAAACAAUGCAAUAUCAAUUUUAACUGUACAUGUUUUUCAUGUUUUCUGAAUAAAUGUUUGAAACCAAACUCA